AUGUUUUCCCUCAAGAGCGUUGUUGUCGGUUUGACAGCACUGGCAGCCCCCGAUUUCUCCCUGACUGCAGACCAGCAAGCCGCCAACCUCAAGACUCUCACAGAUAAGUCUGCGGCGCUCAUUCCAGAGGCCAACAUGAUCUCUGCCACCAAUGGCCCAUUACAAUCAUCCAAGGCUUGGUCGAUAUCAUCUCUACAGCUUCUGCCCAUAUCAGUCAACAAAACAGCCCCGAUCGUGUCCCAGAAGGAGCUGAAGCGGACAAAGUAUAUGACGCAUACAGCGCCUUUGCCGCCAAACACUCGGAUCUCAUGAGCAUUCUUACCACCAAAGCCGGACUCUUCACGACCGUACCAUUUAUCGGAGAGCCGGUCGCUACGGCUCUGCGACAAGAUGAAGCGGUGUUUGACGCAUACUAUUUUGGACUUUCCGGGUUUGUACCAAGCAAAAGCGAUGAGUUCAACACUCUGGGCGAGACAUUGGCCAAGUCUAUCGUCACUGCCACGAACGCUUAUCAAGGGCUCUCGACUAGUGGCAGCCCCCUUGCACGAAGGUCUGAGCAGCGAGUGGCAAAGGUUAUGGUUGCAUGA